UGGUGCUGCUGCAGCUGCCACAGCUGCUGCGGCUGGGGCUGCGGGAGGCUGGGCGUGGCGGCGCUGCUCUCUCUCUCUCUCUCUCUCUCUCUCUCUCUCUCUCUCUCUCUCUCUCUCUCUCUCUCGUGGUGAAGAAGAGCCACAGGACUGAUUGCUAUAAAGUGAAGCACACGCACACACACCUCUGCCUCCUGCAGGGGGAACCAUUUGACAUAGGCUUUUGCACGCAUACGGUGAAAAUUCGCGCCGUGCGGAGCUACACAGAGUGCUGCUGCAGGGGGCCCCCACACGGCCAUCACGGUGGAGAUUGCCCAGUGCGCUUUUUAGCAGAUGAUACGUAGUCAUCAAGUCAUCAUCGGCUUGUACUCCCGUAAAGUUCGCCAGUUACUGCGUUAAAGUUUGCCGGUUAGAGCAGCAGCUUGCGCCCCGUCGCGUCCAGAGUUGAAAGUAAAAGCUCAACGCCAAUCGUCAAAAGUCAUCUGCUUUCACGUUAGCGUUAGCCUGAACGGUUUUUCAGUACGUGUCCCUGGUGUGGGUCCUCGCGAAGACAGCUAGGGGCGAGCGGCUGAUCCGCAGUCUGUGCCCACGCGGCCCCUUGGCGGGGCACGAUGGGGUGACACUCUCCCUGUCGCACACCUUUUGUCCUUUUGUAACGUUUGAGAGGCGAAAAGCAAAACUCACCUUUAUAUAGUAGUCAUAUACGGGCGUGACCUCAUCACCAGCGUGACGCUAUACAGUACAAGCGUGUCGCGGAGCGGCGGCGCGGCCGAUGCGGAAGGCCAAGUCGCGGCCGGCGCCGCCGCCGUGCAGCGCGCGCGGACAAGGCCGUGGGAAACGCGUAAAACUAAAAAAAGUAUAGUGAUAGAGUAACGCUUAAUGCAUAACGUUAGAUACUCGUGUGUUGUUUAAGGGGUUCCGCUUUAAUGAUGACCUUUUGCGUCGACUCUACCUUAUAAUCGAUUUUAUUUUUGUUAAUAAUAAAUGCAAAGGACGCCGUUAGCGGCGUAGUAAUACAGGCUGCUUCUCUAUUGAGUCUUAUUUUCAUGAUCAUAUAUUUUUAUUUUUAAAGGAAAAGGGCGUAGCUGUUUGAAAUAACAACCUCGGCCGCGCGCUUUGCGGCCGAUCCGUGCGUGCGGUGACGUUGGGUCAAUCUGCGGGUGUGCGAGUCACGCAUAGAACUGCGAACGCGUCACCAAAAGAGCGGUCCAACGACAUGGAACGUUGUAGUAUAACGAUGAGACACAUCCGCAUGCAGAGCAGCAUGGUGCCUUAUUGUGAUGACGAUCAGAGGGCCGCACCGCGUUCUGCGUGUGUCUGACUCCGCCGGGGAGGGGGAGGAAUACGCCGCUUUUCGGUUCGGUCGAGUCGCGUCCGCACGCCCCACGCCGCUCUCUCACUCACUCACUCACUCACUCACUCACUCACUCACUCACUCACUCACUCACUCACUCACUCACUCCGGCCGCCGCGCCGGUGACUCACUGUUGCAUGCGGUGCGCGCCCCACCUCUUGUCGCGUCACUCUGCGCCACGGAAAGAGAAUACGCUGUGUGUGUGAGCGAGUGAGAGAGAGAGAGAGAGAGAGAGAGAGAGAGAGAGAGAGAGAGAGAGAGAGAGAGAGAGACCUGGCCUUGCGGUCAAGAGUCGUUCUACCCACCGUGUGCGUCCGACACGAGCAAAUCGAAAUCCCACGGAUAUAUAGAGACAUAUUUAAACGAGGUGGGAGGGGGGUACGUUUUCUCCUCGUGGUAGAGACAGUCUUCGGGACUGGACAGGGCGGCGUCCACAGCCGUUUAACAGACAGUCGACCUUGUCCACGCAGGUUGAGCGGAACAGUGAGACUUCGCGAAGCCUGUUACGCGAGACGCGGCUCGUUAUCGUUAUCUUUGGGAGUGUGCGACGCGCGGCGCGGUGGGCAUGCUCAAGUUGUUGCCUCUACACCGCACUGGGUGAUCACUAUGUGGUCACGCUUGCACUCUCCGCGCGCUCUUGUGUCAGGCGCAGAAGUAGUGCGGGCUGCGCCCCGUCUCCGGGACGGUGGCGGCGGGUUGUAGGCGCAGCGCGGUGGUGGUGCUCCUGUAUUUCCGCGGGCUGCUGCUUGUAUUCGUCCCCGAGGAGAGUGGAAUGUCUCUCAGAGGGACCGCCGUGCUGUCGCAGCCGUGCGAUCUAAUUGUUUCGGUUUCCGAGAGGCUUCCGUCUGUUUUAAUCUGCUGUCUCUACACAAAUAAUAACCGCUGCCACAUGCCAGGCUUUUCUUCUCCCAGUCGACACAAAAAUUACUCCCGCGCGGAGGGUUAUACGUUUUGGGCCGCGGCGGCGCGACACCGGUCCCGGGGCAGACAAGGGACACUCUUUUGCUCCCCAUCUCGUAUUUGCGUCGUCGCUAGGGGUCGAUUUCGGGGAAGAGCCGGGCAAGCCGGGGGUAUAGUUGAGAAAGAACGCAGCGCAGAGAAACGAAAAUCGUAUAAACCAGAGAGGCAACAGAAAACAACCACCCUCCGAAGCCCCCCCCUUUUUUGGAAUCCCUUUAGAUGUCUCUGUUCGAAAUUCCUUGGAACUUCCUUUCGAGAGCAUAAAAAAGGACUUAGGGAUUUCAUAUUCCCUCGACGUUCUCACCUUGGCCGCCCGGUGACGGGCAGACCAGGACCCGGUAUUCCGCUGGCUGCCGACACCUCGCCGGCAAUCGACCAUCCUGACCCUCGGCCUUUAGAUCUCGCCCGCAAUCGACCUAGAGUUUGCAAUCGGUCGGGCACGGCAAGCAGGUGAGCUUACCCGACUGUCUUCUGUCUCUCUCACUCCCAUCUAACGCGACAUUAGAGGGAGAAAGACAGAAGACAGUAGGGUAAGAAGCUCCCCUGACCGCGCCCUCCGAUUGCAAACUCUACCUAAAGCCCAGCGCACACCUCCUACACGGACGCUUCCGAGUAGCAAUCAGACAGCGUGCGAAAGCGCAUAGUGGCCCGACGCAAAAAGUUGGCUUUUGUUGUGAAAAAAUUUGUUUAAGAAAUGUUUUGGAAGCCUCCUUUACCAUGUUCUGUGAAUAGUGCAAACGGAUGCAAAAUGAAAAAUCGCCGAGCAAAGCGUUCUACGGAUGGAUUUCACUUAAAAGGGAUUAUGCAGGAUUACGAUUGAAAUCCAAAAAUUGAGGGACAAUAACUUUGGAACAUGCGAGGGACAAAGUACGAACUUCAUUUUCUGUUAGGGGCCCCAUCAUCAGCCAAAACUAAAAGUAGUGUGUGUUGGGUUUCUGUUUUAUUUGGGAUCGCCUCAUCUCUGGUCCGCCAAAUAAUGUUUGACUUCCCCGCACACACGCGCGCAAAUAUUAUUAUUCGCGGACCCGAGUCUGUUUGUCGCUGCUGCUCGUAUUCGCCGCCUGCCUUUAUGAUCAUUGCGACGGUAUUCGAUCUAUCGCGAAACUCGAUAGAUCGCGACCAUCGCGCAGCUGCUGCUGCUGUGGUAACUGAACGCCGCCGCGCGUGGCGAGUGGCGUUCUGUGAUUUGAAUGCGCCGUUUAAUCUUUUUGAUUGUUUGUUCUGUUUUGGCGAGGCAAUCAAUGGUCGAAAGUUGUGGAAGGGGAGGUGAGACGAUUGGCCCUUGCUCUCCGUGGCCAUGUGACAGCGAGGAGCAGCGAUAUUUCUCGACGUAUUUCGCAUCACUAAAAUGUGCGUUUUGUGGAAAACCGACGCGCUCUUUCGGUUCGGUUAACACGUCGUCGGUGUCGAUGCGUACAUCUUUGCCGCUCGAAUAGGGGGAGGUUGUCGUUUGACGGUGAUGACGAGGUAGAGGGGCGAGAGAGGUUGGAACGUGGGGGAGGGGGUCUGCAGCAGCGUUCAGGCCGCCGUUCGGGCGCGUGAUUGUGUUUGUCUCGGGAGUAACGAGGUUAUAGCUAAAAGCCGGCUGCCUGCCUCGGCGCGUGUAAUCUACAGAGAGGCGAUGCCGGCGCCCAGCAGCCCCCCGCCGGCCGCCCUGGCCUCCAAGGCGGCGCCCGCGGCCCUGGAGCAGCUGACGCCUCUGGCGGGUACGCCCGUCAGCCUGUGCGCCAUCACGCCGCCCGUCGAGUUCCGGGACGCGCCGGCCGCGCCGCCUGCCGACAACGGGGACCUGCCCUACCUCGCCCCGGAGGUGCCCGACGACGGCGGGCUGCCGUCCCCGGGGCACGUCCGGCGCUCGAUCGCCGCCUUCAACGCGGGCGUGAGCGCCGUGGAGGGCCUGCUGCGCCCCAAGAAGGCCCCCGUCGUGGUGCUGGUGGACGACAUGUCGCCGCUCACCCCGGGCGCCCGCCAGACGUGGCCCGUCGACGACCGCGGCUUCGACGUGGACGACUUUGGCUACCUCCGCUUCGACCUGCGGCGCGCCGUGCCGCCCGGCGCGCACUCCUCCCUGUCGCCGUCGCCGUCCUCGCCGCUGCACGUGCCGCCGGGCGUGAGCCGGCCGCUGCGCCCCGUGCCCGUCGUGUCCAUCACGCCCAGCGAGGACGUGGACCUCAGCGGGUCGCUGGACGCGGGGCCUCCCACGCCCCCGGACCGGCCCGUCAGCCGCAUGUCGUACCUGGCGCCGUGCUCGGACGACAUCAGCUACGUGCUUCCGUCGCCGCGCCGCCGUCGCCGGCCCUCGAGCGCGCCGCCCGACGCGCCGCGGACCCCAGUCGAGGACGUGGCCGUCGACGAGGUCGACAUGGCCCGCACCGUGCGCCUCGCCAUGCGCCGCCCCUCCGACCUGGGCAUCAUACCCAUCUCGCCGCCCGGUACCGUGGGCUCGAGUCCCGGGGACGGUGACGUGGACGACGACGGCGACCUGGCGGGCGACGAGGACGAGGUGGACCGCCGGUUCAACCAGCUCCGCAACGAGCUGUUCGAAGUGAUGCAGCGCUCCAUCGACAGCGUCAAGACCCCGCACGGCUCUCUCGGCACGCCCACGCCACAGCCCACGCCUCAGGGGGAGCCGCCCGCCGCCGUGGUCGAGCAGCCCGUCGUGCGCCAGACGCUGGCCGUCCCCGCGGCCACGCCCGGCGGCGUGUCGGACUGGACGCCGUCACCGCUCACGCCCCAGGUGCCCGCCAAGGGCUUCGGCCUCAAGAGCCUGCUGCUCCAGUGCGCGUGCACCGGGCCGCUGGCCGUCCGCCGCAAGAGCGCGGCGCAGAAGCCGGCCGCCACGUGGUACGUCAAGCCCACAUGGAGACUGUGGGGCGAGGAACGCGCUGACGGUGCCAUCUACACCGUGUACCUGAAGAAGGUGCGAUACCACAGGCCCACCAGGACUAUAGCAUCGGUAAGUGAACGGAGAGAAAAGUUCGCGACUGGCAGUGGCACCCAAAAGUUUCGGUGUGAGUCCCGAACAAAAAGUCUUAUGCAAACGUUUCGGUGCUGCUCCCAAAUAGUACCGACGAUGAUGUUUGGCGAAACUGCCCAAACCGAUGUGUCAAGGCUGAAUUUCAUCUAAUUUGUACUUAGUUACUCGAUCAGAAAAUACUUCGUCAUAUCUUGUCGUCUUAGAAAAUGUAACUUUUCUCUCCCCAUCCACACAUUCAAUUAAUCUGUCUUAUCCUUUCAGUAGGCGACAGACAUAUUUUGUAUUCUAGAGUGGUAGUGAUUAUGGACACGAUCUAAAAUAUCAAUAAAAUUGGCGAGGUGUCUGCGCAGUUUGGUUUAUUUGGUCCAUGUGUUAAAUAGCCAUCCAGUAAAAGAAUUAAGUGUGAUUCAAAGGGCUGCGGACAGCAUUUUUAUAUUUUAGAAACUUUUAUUUAUGAAAGUAAUUUUUAUUAGUAUUUUUUACACAAUUCUUAAAGAAGUAAUAUAUUACCGAAUCACCAGCAAAAUAGAGCAAUCGUUUUACAAAUCUACGAAUAAUUACUAUCUUCAAAUGAAACUUAGAGAAUGUGAGAAAGCCCUUCGAGAAAUCUGUAAACCAACUUUGAAGGCAAUCAUCGAACAUUAUCAAAUUGUGCUAGGGACACAUGUGUUAUUUUUAAUCGUCGGUUUUGGUCCUCUGAUGCAAAGGAUUGCCACAUUUUACGUUUAACGCAAAGAUUCACCAAGUUUUACUUAUUUUUGCAAAAUAAGAAGCACAUUCGUGAGAGUGUGAGGCGCAAUGGAAAUCCCGUCCCGUAGCGACAAAAAACAGACUUUACUUAGAAUUGGCGUUGUUUCCGGCGCUCCGGAAAGAAUAAAGCUGAAAAAAGGAACUAAAUAAAAACAACAGCAAGGGAAACAGCCAAACACACGGCCCAGCCUGAGCGGGGCCAUGAUUGGCCUGAUGGAGAGGAGAUGGUUCUUUCCAUAUCCGAAAUUUAUGAACUAAUUGUGCCAUCGUGCCAAAGUCGCCAACAUGGCUGCAAUCGGCGACAGCUCACGGCG